UGAGUAAACAGUGCUUGCUGGGAAAAGGCGAGCGGCGGCUGCAUCCGGGUCCCGCGGGGCUGCAGCCGAGAGAACCCGGUCCCAUUCGCCCGCCGUGGGGGGAAGCCGACAUGACGACCCCGAGACCCAGCCCCCUCGCGCCGCUCCUGGAGACGCUGGAGGACCCUUCCGCCUCCUCCGGAGCGCAGACCGACGCGUACCUGACCCUGACCAGUCGUAUGACUGGAGAAGAUGGAAAAGAAAUCAUUGUACACAUGGAGAAAAACCUUCCUCGGCUGUGCGAAGUUUUAAAGGCUCACAUUUCCAGUCAAAACUCAGAGCUGAGUUGUGCUGCUCUUCAGGCCUUGGGGUUUUGUUUCCAUAAUCCCAAAAUUACCAUUGGGUUAUCAGAGGAAAAUACUAAGGAACUACUUUUAAGAGUGAAUGAGGUUAUUAAGAAUUCAGACAAAAAUGUAUGUACCCGAGCACUUUGGUUAUUAGCCAAACAGAUGAUUUCCACUGAGAUUAUUGGCAAAUUGGUAUCCAGUAUAAUUGAUGCACUAGAAAUACUGUUUAAUAAAGGAGAGCAGCAUUCUGCUGUUGUUGUUUAUGAAGCAUUAAAUGUUAUUAUAAGGCUAAUAGAACAAGCACCAGUUCAAAUGGGCGAAGAAGCAGUGAGAUGGGCAAAAUUGGUCAUCCCAUUACUGGUUCACUCAGCACAGAGGAUCCAUUUACGGGGAGCCACUGCUUUGGAGAUGGGAAUGCCACUGUUGCUUCAGAAACAACAAGAAGUAGCAUCUAUUACAGAGCAGCUUAUGACUACUAAAUUGAUCUCAGAACUCCAAAAACUAUUUCUGAACAAAAAUGAGACCUAUGUAUUAAAAUUAUGGCCUUUGUUUGUCAAACUUCUUGGAAAGACCCUGCAUCGAAGUGGGAGUUUCAUCAAUUCUUUGUUACAGCUGGAAGAACUGGGAUUUCGUAGUGGAACACCCAUGGUGAAAAAAAUUGCUUUUAUUGCUUGGAAGAGCUUAAUAGAUAAUUUUGCUUUAAAUCCAGAUAUACUGUGUAGUGCAAAAAGACUCAAGUUAUUGAUGCAGCCUUUGAGUUCCAUCCAUGUGAAAACAGAAGCUCUGGCAUUAACAAAACUAGAAGUCUGGUGGUACUUAAUGAAGAGACUUGGAUCAUAUCUUCCUGCUAAUUUUGAACAGGUUUGUGUGCCCCUGAUUCAGAGUACAAUCAUUGAUAAUAAUGCUUCACCUAGAAGCAGUUCAUCUCGUUUACCCACUUCUCCAAAUUUAACUCCUAUGACUCCUGUACACAAAGGUGCUUCCCCGUAUGGAGGUCCUGCAACUCCACGUUCAAGUUCCAGUUCCAGUUCAAGUGGAAUGUCCACAAUAUCUUCCAUUCAACUUUUGGGACUAGAAAUGUUGCUUCACUUUUUGUUAGGUCCAGAAGUCUUGAGUUUUGCCAAGCAACAGAAACUUGUAUUGAACUUAGAGCCACUUGAACAUCCGUUAAUCAGCAGUCCUUCUUUUUUUUCCAAACAUGCACAUAUCCUCAUCACUGCUGUUCAUGAUAGCUUUGUUGCAGUUGGAAAAGAUGGUUCAGAUGCAGUGGUCAGUGCUAUCUGGAAGGAGCUAAUUACCUUGGUGAAGUCUGUGACUGAGUCAGGUAACAAAAAAGAGAGGCCAGGUUCUGAAGUUUUAACCCUAAUACUAAAAUCUUUGGAAAGUAUAGUGAAAUCAGAAGUAUUUCUUGCAUCAAAAACACUAGUCCUCAUGGAAAUUACAAUUAAAGAACUUCCUCAGAAAGUAUUAGGUUCACCUGCAUAUCAAGUUGCUAAUAUGGAUAUUCUUAAUGGAACUCCAGCUUUGUUCUUAAUUCAGUUAUUUUUCAACAAUAACCUUUUGGAAUGUGGUAUAGCAGAUGAAAGGUUUUUCCUCAAUCUGGAAACACUUGUAGGCUGUGUGCUUUCUGGUCCAACAUCACCACUAGCUUUCAGUGAUUCUGUAUUAAAUGUUAUUAACCAAAAUGCAAAGCAGUUGGAAAACAAGGAGCAUCUUUGGAGAAUGUGGAGUAUUAUAGUUACCCCAUUAACUGAAAUGAUCAAUCAGACCAAUGAAGUAAAUCAAGGUGAUGCCUUAGAACACAAUUUUAGUGCCAUCUAUUCUGCUUUGAUUUUGCCAAUAAAUCAUGUUUUUUCAGAACAGAAUUUUCCCACAGUCACCAUGAAGACAUUACUUAGAACUUGGUCAGAAUUAUACAAAGCAUUUGCUCGUUGUGCUGCUUUGGUGGCAACAGCAGAAGAGAAUUUAUGCUGUGAAGAACUUUCUUCCAAGAUACUGUCUAUUUUGGAAGAUGACAUCCUUUUGAAUGUGAUCUUCUUGGACAGGAUUGUACAUAUUAUUACUGUGAUGGUUAAUUGCAUUGACUUUUCACCAUAUAAUAAUAAAUAUCAACCUCAAAUUAAGUCACCACAGAGAUCUUCAGAUUGGUCCAAAAAGAAGAAAGAACCUCUAGGGAAAUUAGCUUCAUUGUUUAAGAUGCUUGUGAGAAUUAUGUGUUCUUUCCAUACUCUGAGCUUCAAGGAAGGACAUUCUGAUACAUUGCUUGCGAUUGGAAACUCAAUCAUCAGCAUUCUUUCCAAUGUACUUGGACAUAUUUCUCUGCCUUCUGUGAUUCGGAAUAUGUUUGCAACUUUAAUAAGACCUGUGGCAUUAUUUUAUGAAAAUUCAAAGCUUGAUGAAGCUCCUAAAGUAUAUAGUUGUCUGAACAACAAGUUGGAAAAGUUACUAGGAGAAAUUAUUACUUGUCUACAGUUCAGCUACACUGGAACUUAUGAUACUGAACUUCUUGAACAGCUUUCCCCACUGCUGUGUGUCUUAUUUCUGCAUAAGAAUAAACAGAUUCGGAAACAAAGUGCUCUGUUUUGGAAUGCCACCUUUGCUAAAGUGACAGGGUUGAUUUAUCCUGAGGAAUUGAAACCAAUAUUAAGAGAAGCCAAACCAAAACUUCUGCUUCUGUUGCCUGGUUUGGAAACAGUUGAAAUAAUGGAAGAAUCCAGUGGACCAUAUUCAGAUACAGCAGGAAAUUCACAAUUAAAUGUGAAGAUAAGUGGCAUGGAAAGAAAAUCAAGUGGAAAAAGAGACUCCUUUUUGGCACAAACAAAGGAUAAAAAAGAAAAUAUCAAACCAUCAGCCAAACUGAAACUUGAAUCUUCAUCUGCAAAAGUAAGAAGUGGAAUGCUUUUAGAAGAAGAAAAGUCUACUGACUUCGUUUUUUUUCCCCCAGAAGAAAAACAGGGAAAGGAAAGAAUACUAACUGAACAUCAAAAAGAAGUACUCAAAACAAAGAGGUACGAUAUUCCUACCAUGUAUAAUAAUCUGGAUGUUUCACAAGAUACCUUAUUUUCCACUCAAUUUAGUCAAGAAGACUCGAUGCUAACACCUACCUUAACAGAAAUAUCAACGGAAGAUCCGAAGAUGAUAAAGGAGGAGAAAGUGAAAAUGGAGAGUAAAGUUGUCACAGAAAACUGUGGUAUAGGCGAACAUCUCCAAAAGGCUUCUUUGUGUGUUCCUGAAACAAACCCAGAAAUACUGAGUAAUAAUAAUGAUGACAGAGAAAUCACUUCCAUUUCAUCAAAGAAGACUUCAACUGAAUGUACACCUAGCGUGGAAAACUCAUUUGUUGUCAGCAGUAACUCAGUUUCUAAUUCCACUAUUUCUGGGACGCUCCCUCAGCCUACAAGUAGGAGGCAGACAUUUAUCACAUUGGAGAAGUUUGAUGUUUCAGGAAAUAGACCUUUUAGUCCAUCAGCUUUAAAUAAUAUUUCAUCAACUGUUGUAGUGAAAACUAACCAGGAAAACAUGAGUAAAACAGACACUCCACCAAAAACAAAGAAAAGAGAAGUAACUAAUUCUCAGUCUGAUACUGAAAAAAUAGUGAAUGGAAUUAAGAGAUUAGGCCGGAGAUCUAGUAAAGUGGAACCGUCAGAGAAUAAAAGAUCUGAUCCCUUAGUAAGAACUCAACCAGAGGAACAUACUCAGGAAUCUACCAAAGGCCUGGUAACCUUAGAAAAUAACUUGUCCAAUGUGGUUAAUUCAACAGGGUGUAUGUCAGGUAGCCCAGUUCAUUCUCCUGAAUCUACAGUGGAGUAUGAAGAUACAAAAUCUAAGCCAAUAACAGAAAAUACUAUAUUGGAAAAUAGUACUACAACAGGAAGUACUAUAUUGGAAAACAAUACUACAGAAGAGAAAAACAUAGGGGUAAAUUUAGAAUCCAAAGAAAAUACACCACCUGCAGUAAUACCAUCAGAUCAAAUGGGAAAUGAAGAUAAUCAGGUUCAGAUAGCUCAAAAUCCAAAAAUCCUUAGACGAUCUUCAAGGCUUCGUUCCGAAACAGUGGAGUCUAUAAUUGAUAGCCAAGAUAAAGAAAAUAGUCUUCAAAAAAAGGAAAGACAUAAGGAAGAAGAAAAAACAGUUCCGAAGAAUCCAGCGCAAAUAAAAGAGGAUACGUUACAUAAAGAAAAACUGACUUCUGAACAAACUGUACAGGAGAAUCUAAUUGAGAAUGGUGAUUUACAUGAGAGUACUUGUGAAACCAGUGCUAAUGCUGAAAUUGACCAAAAUAAAAGAAAACAAGAUCUUGUGAAUAAUAGUACUGAGGGGCAUGGUAGCCAAGACACUGUAGACAAAUCAUUUGAGAAGCCUUUAAGGGGACGAACACGUUACCAAACAAGAAGAGCAUCUCAGGGGUUGCUUUCUAGCAUUGAAAACUCAGAAUCUGAUAGUUCUGAGGCAAAAGAUGAAAGUUGUAGAAAGAGGAGAUCUGGAAAAUGGAAAAACAAAAACAGUGACAGUGUUGACUUAGAAGAACAAGAAGAAAGAAUAGAAGAGGACAGCUUAAAAAUUGAAAAUCAGUUGCAUGAUCAUAAACCUGUUUCUGUAGCAGACAUAGAAAUAAAAUCCCAGGUUUGUGAAAAAGAUACAAGUAGUACUGUAACACUCCAGGAUUCUACAGUAGCUUCAGAUUUAUUGCAAGUUUCUAAUGACACACCAAAUAAACAUGAAGGAAAAAGUAAAAAUGGCAAAUCUGCAAAACUCUCCCUUGCAAGUCCAUCUAUACCAGAAUCACCUCUAAGGACUAGAAAUGCCAGUAAAAAAUUACAUAAGCAAGAUUCUGAUACUAGUAUGAAAGAAUGCUCAAAAACAGAGACUUCAAACAUGUCUGUGAUUUCCAAAAAGAUUGUCUCAAAACUUGAAUGCCACCAUAAGAGAAGUCGGAGGGUGAGGAGAUGUAAAGCUUGUGACUGCUGUGGGGAAAAACCACAACCUCAGGAAAAAUCACUCAUUGAAUUAGAGAACACAGAAAAUUACGGUACGAAGAUUGAAACAACAAAACCCGAUGUCCACACACCUGAGACUAGAACAGAAGCAGAGACUAGAACAGAAACCUCUAAUACGUGUGAAGUAAGAAUUUUAGAUGAGCAUCCCCGUGUGAAUUUUCAUUUCAGUCUUGAAGAGGAGAAUGGUACUAUUAAGGAUUCAUUGAUUGUGUCUGAAACAAACUUGGAAGAAAGUGCUCAUAAAGUUGUCCCUUCUGAAACCUCAAAUAAGGAAGAAGUAACUCCCCACAUAGAUUCUAGGGAAGCAGUAUCUCCAAGCAAAGAGCCAUCUAAUAAAAGAUUUAAGGGCAUGGACCCAUGUUUAGAUGAUGACAAGGAUAUUUUACAGGAAAAUUCUUUAGAUGCUCAAAACCCAGAAACUUCCCCCAAAAGAGAACUGAGUGAUAUAAAUGAUGACAGAAUUACGUGCACAGGAAUAGCAGAACCCAGUGCAGAGGAAGUAGAAGCUAUGGAAGUGAGUAGUAUAGAAGAAGAUAAAAUUGAAUCUAGCUACUUGGAAAAAGAGAGUGCCAAAAUUGAUACUCCUGAAUACGAGGCAACAGAAGAAAAUAAAAGUGGUGAACCCAAAGCAGAUAGAUUGGAAGAACUGAGUGUUGCAAAAGCAGUGGCUGAGGAUUUAAAUUCAUGUAUUGGUCUUUCUGAAAAUACCACACCUGAAAAUAUGAAUACCCAUACUGGGAUUUCUGACCAAAUAGAAGGGAAGCAAAGUAGGAAUAAUGUAUCUGAUUCAUGUUUGGAAUCUGAAGAAAUUAAUGUUGAAGAGAAUGAGGGAAAAAUGAUGGGUCAGGUAAAUACUGAAAUUCAUGGUGUCAAGGAAACAGAGGACAAGGACUUGACUCAAGAAUCCUCUCCAUCAAAAGAAGCUGAAACCGAAAGAUUAAACACAGAGCCUGACAACUUUAUUCCUAACACAGUUGAAAUGAGCGUGGAAGAAGGAAACAUUGCCUCAAAUGAAACUGAAACAAUUGAAACAGGUACUGAGCUUAAUAAAUGUGAGGAAACAAAAUUGGAAGACAAUCAGCUGGAAGUAGGAAAUGAUACUUUGCAAGAAGUUUACAUUUCAGAGAAAGUGAAGGAGCCCUCACAAUCUUCACCUGAAAUAACUGUCUCUGAAUUGAUAACACAAAACAACGUGUCUCCUGAAAAACAAAAGGAAUUUGAUCAUUUACUCGUGUCAGCCAACGAAAGCCCUACUGGUGUGCAGACACGCUGUGUCUGGUCUCCUUUAGCUUCUCCAUCCACUAGCAUUUUAAAGAGAGGAUUAAAAAGACCCCAAGAAGAUGAAGUCUCAUCACCUGUUAACAAGGUUCGCCAUGUCUCAUUUGCAGAUCCAAUAUACCAAGCAGGAUUGGCAGAUGAUAUUGAUAGGAGGUCUAUUGUUAGGUCUCAUUCUUCAAUUAGUUCUCCCACAAUAAAAGGUGUUAAAACUUCACCUACUGCACAGUCUAAGCAUAAUACCACUUCAGCCAAAGGAUUUCUGUCCCCAGGAUCACGUAGCUCUAAAUUUAAGAGCUCAAAGAAGUGUUUAAUUACAGAAAUGGUCAAAGAAUCCAUGCUAUCCCCAACAGAAAGUGUUUACCCAGCUUUGGUGAACUGUGCAGCACCAGUGGACAUCAUUUUACCUCAGAUUACAUCAAACAUAUGGGCUAGAGGCCUAGGACAACUUAUCAGAGCCAAGAAUAUAAAAACAAUCGGUGAUUUGAGUACUCUCACGGCAUCUGAAAUAAAAGCUCUUCCUAUCCGUUCCCCGAAGGUGAUCAAUGUAAAGAAGGCUCUCAGAGUUUAUCAUGAGCAACAGGUGAAGUCUCGUGGACUUGAAGAGAUUCCAGUUUUUGACCUUUCUGACAAGGCAGUAAAUGGGAUAGAAAAUAAAUCUCUCUCAACUGAUGAAGAAAAACUAGCCUCAGAUUUGCUUGAUCCUGUACCUUUAGAAACUCCAUUAUCUAAAAAUCUUAUGGCACAAAUUAGUGCUCUUGCUCUUCAACUGAAUUCAGAAGAUCUCCACAGUUAUUCAGGAAGUCAGCUAUUUGAAAUGCAUGAGAAACUUGGUACUAUGGCAAACUUGAUAAUAAGAAAUCUACAAUCACGUUGGAAAUCAUCAGCUAAUGAAAAUUCUAUUUAAUAUUAUGUAAGAAAAUUGAAGUUUUAAAAAUAUCACUGAAUUUUUUAGUUACUGAAAUAAAAUUCUUAAAUACUGUUACUUUAGAAGAAGGUUCUACAAAGUUGGUAACAUUUUAAACCCUGCAGGGCAAUGACGUACGUACCAUUAUGUGAGUUUUAUCAGUUUGGUAGAUACGAUACCCCUGAUCACAUGCUUUCUUGGCCACUUUGUUUUUUCAAGAAAUUUAAGUGUCAUGACAAGAUUUUGAAAGCAAUUUAUUUCACACAUACUUAAAAAUUCCUCUUUUAGUGAAAUGUGAUAUUGGAGUAUUUUAUUUGGGUUUUACUGAAGUGAUAAAGGGGUUUAAACAUUUUCAAAAGUGACUCAUCCUUGUGCUUGGGUUUAAGUAGUUUUUUUUUGCUACUUUGGAACUUUCUCCCACAGAUUUCACCUUUGGAUAUUGAAAUAAAUACCAAAGGCUGAGCCUUUUGGUGGUUAAAAAUACUAUCACAGAUUUUACUAAUACUCCCUCUAUUUGCAUUAGCAAAUGUUUGGGCAGUAGCAUCUGCCUUUGAAAAUUUGCUUUGAUGGCACAUGGUAUAUAGAAAAUUUAUUCUUAUGAGGAGCAUGACCCUUUGUAUAUUAUGUACAGAUGACAUUGUUUUAAUUUAUAAAGUUUAGCUUUCAUCUACAGUGUGAGUUUUUCUGCAGCUUCUUGUGAAUACCUUGAUUCUGUGUAAUAGCAACAUUUUGUAUAUAAUACUGAAAUGCCAGUAUGGAGAGUGCUUCAUGGGCUUGCUGCAGAAAUGUAUAGGAUUCUGUAUGUACAAAUAAUGAGCAAAUAGGAUUGUACUUAGUUAAAACAUGAGUUUAUCUGACUGUUCAAAAUGGGUAAGAUUAUUGGAAUGAGAAAAUUGUUUCACAGCAGCUUUGCUAUUCGUGCCCUUACCUUUUUUUUCUUUUGGUUUGGAAAAGGAUGCCAGCCAUUAGAAAGUGUGCCUCAUUACAUUUCUUCUUAAUGGAGAGUUAGUCUGGAUAUUUUAUUACAAGUUGUAUUAUAAGAAGUCUAGAGAUUAUCUGUUAUUCGUAAUUACACCUAAAAGUUAACUUGAAAGAAAUUUGAAACAUAUAUAUAAAAUAUGUAUAUUAUAUAUAUGUUUUGCUCUGGUUUAAAACUAAUAGGCUAUAUAAUUAAAAUGUGUAAAAUUUACAUAAGUAUUUAGUGCCUGACUUCCUGUAUUUUUAAAUGAGAAUAUAUCCAGCUUGUUUCAAUAGAUAAGUGAUGCUAGUUUCACACUUAACUUAAACCCUACUUUGAACAAUAUACUUCUUCAUCAAGUCAGAAAUUUUAAUCAUGUCUAGUUUAAGGUCUCCUUUAUUUGGCAAGUUAGAUACCUCCUGCCAGCCUUGAAGAAAGUUGGUAUCUUUUUCAUAAUCCAUCAUCAUGUAUAUUUCUGGAUAUAAAUGUGAUAUUUAUAUACCAAGAGUGGUCUUAAAAAGGAGUUCUGGGAUUGUUGAAUCAAGAAUGUACUUUGAAGGCAUAACCAAUAAAGAAAAAAAAGCUACUGGUUUUUCAAAACAAUU